AUGGCAACGCACGACGGUUAUUAUAAUAUUAUUAUUCAUGUGAUACAGGAAUACUUUAAAGCUGAAACCGUUUGAUGAAUCAUGAAUUUGACCAAAAUGAAAUCAAUCACAAAACAGUCCAACCUAAAAACAAUCUUACUUUGAACCUCUGACUAUGUUGCAUCCGAAAAACCGUGUUUUCAGCGAAACACGGAUACUUCGGAUUUAUGAUAUCCACAUAAAUAUAGUUCAGAUUGAAUGAUUUUAAACAUGUGUAAACGUUGUGAUAUCACUCCAAAGUUUACAUUUCAUAAGUUUAUAAAAUGUCCUUUAAAUACACCUUUAAGUAAACAGUUUAAUUUCUGGUGGUUUAUUAAUUCCCAACUCAUCAUCUAAAUCUCACCGUAAACUCUCACAUUGAUCUUCUAGCGCAACUUAAGACCUGUUAUUUCAAUAAUUAAAUUAAAUACAUACAAACAUAUGCCGCUUUUUUGGAGUUUAAGAAAAAGAUGUUCACAAGUAAACUGUAUUGAAUGGGCAUGAAUCGCUAAAAAGAACAUAAAUAAUACCGUAAUCAAUUAAAAAACGAGAUCUAUAUAAUAAAAACGAGAGCACAAACAGGCACGCACGCGCGUUCUUAAGUGCCUUGGCAACGGAGCGAUGACCCGCCCGAGGUUACUUAAGGUCAGCAGACUUUCUGAUCGUUCCAUUUGCACUUUGACUUGAACACGAACUUUAAACCUCUUGUGAAAUCAAACUGUUGAAAGCGAACUCUUUGAGUUUUUAACUGCUGGACGAAAUCUAUCGAUACGAAUCUUGUUGGAGAAGUGAACUACUAGAUAACAACUCUUGUGGAGCACAGAAGAGGCUGAAAAAGGCCCUCAGGCGGCUGAGCAUCGCGGACGAGCACCUGCUGGAGGACGUCGGCUGUGAUUGGGACCUCCGGUGCGCAACUGGUGUUGGCUGAGUCAUGGAGCGUCCCGCUGAAGACUGCAGGAUCCUCGGCGACAACCCCGGUGUUCUCCCCAUCUGCAACCCCUCUGAUGAGGUAGAGGUAGGUGAGCUUUAUGUUGUGGGUGAAGGUGACUUUCUUCCCUUGGCCUUCUUUGACGAGGAGGAGGAAGAGGAAAAAGAAGAGGAGGAAGAGGAGGAAGAGGAGGAAGAGGAGGAGGACUAUGAAGAGAUGGCGUACCAUUUGGACUUCGGGAGGGAUUUGGCGUACUAUGCUCUGGAGGCGGACAGGAUGUUACAGGACAUGGAGGAGGAGGAGGAGGACGAGUUCGAAUGGGAGAGCGACGAUUCUGGAUACGACUCCUUGAUGUUUGACGACGAGGUGGAAGGAAUAGACUGGGAGGAAGAAGAGGAAAAUGAAGAUGGCCCUUUCUUGCUGCCCCAACCUUCUUCUCACGUGGAGUGUCCUGAAGAUGCGUCAACCCCCGUCCCUCAGAUGUCAGGAGUGUCCACCAAGAGGAGCAGGCAAGAGGACGACACAGGGCAGGUAAGUGUGAAGAGGCAGAGGAUCGGUGAGGAGGACCACGUGGACACAGCCCCUUGUACUUCAGGUCAAGGCCCCUCCUCCACCAAGAGGACCAGGGAAGAGGACUACAGGGACUCAGCACCCUCCACUUCAGGCCUCGGCGCCUUUUCCACCAAGAGGACCAGGGAAGAGGACUACAGGGACUCAGCACCCUCCACUUCAGGCCUCGGCCCCUCCUCCACCAAGAGGACCAGGGAAGAGGACUACAGGAACUCAGCACCCUCCACUUCAGGCCUCGGCCUCUCUUCCACCAAGAGGACCAGGGAAGAGGACUACAGGGACUCAGCACCCUCCACUUCAGGCCUCGGCCCCUCCUCCACCAAGAGGACCAGGGAAGAGGACUACAGGGACUCAGCACCCUCCACUUCAGGCCUCGGCCCCUCCUCCACCAAGAGGACCAGAGAAGAGGACUACAGGAACUCAGCACCCUCCACUUCAGGCCUCGGCCCCUCUUCCACCAAGAGGACCAGAGAAGAGGACUACAGGGACUCAGCACCCUCCACUUCAGGCCUCACCCUCCCCACACACAGAAGAUACUGGCAGUGGGCUCCAGACAGCGACUCGGAUUGAGAGUGACAAGAGGCCGGUAAGUAUGAAGAAGGCAGAGAAACGAUGAGGAGGAACACACCCCUCCUCCACUUAGAGGACCGGAGAAGAGGACUACAGGGAGGCAGCACCCUCCACCAGGCCUGGUUUUCUCCUCAAAAAAGACCCGAGCAAAGGACUAAGUGGUUUCCUCCCUCAACUUCAGGCCUCAGCCCCCCCAAUAUACUGACUUCGAUUGACAGCGACAUUCUGCUUGCUGCAGGAUGUAAAACCUUUGUUUGUCUGGUCAGGACUAAAAAAGCCCCAGACAGCAUUCCCUCGUGUUUAGCGAAGUUGGCUAUUGGUAGCAUCUUGCAGCAGAGUUUUUACAUGAAUCUUCUUUAUGGAUUUUAAGUUUGCGACCCGUGGCAGGUAAGUUUGAAAAGACAGAGGAACAGUGAGUGUCCACCAAGCAGGCCAGAGGAUGACAAGGGACGGGGUCAGUGAAAAGGCCGAGGAACAGGAGUGAGGGCGACGUGGACACAGCCCCUUCUACCUCAGGCCUUGGCCCCUCCUCCAGAUGACCUGGAAAGAGGACUACCUGGAGGCAGAACCCUCCACCUCAGGCCUCAGCCCCUUCUCAAUGAAGUGGGCUCCAGACAGCGACUCGGAUUGAGAGUGACAUUCUGCUUGCUGCAUGAUGUAAAACCUUUGUUUGUCUGGUCAGGACUGAAAAAGCCCCAGACAGCAUUCCCUCGUGUUUAGCGAAGUUGGCUAUUGGUAGCAUCUUGCAGCAGAGUUUUUACAUGAAUCUUCUUUAUGGAUUUUAAGUUUGCGACCCGUGGCAGGUAAGUUUGAAAAGACAGAGGAACAGUGAGUGUCCACCAAGCAGGCCAGAGGAUGACAAGGGACGGGGUCAGUGAAAAGGCCGAGGAACAGUGAGGAGGGCGACGUGGACACAGCCCCUUCUACCUCAGGCCUUGGCCCCUCCUCCAGAUGACCUGGAAAGAGGACUACCUGGAGGCAGAACCCUCCACCUCAGGCCUCAGCCCCUUCUCAAUGAAGUGGGCUCCAGACAGCGACUCGGAU